CUGUGGCUAUCUAUGGUGGCCGCGUUCAAUGGCGCCGUCGGUGGAGGUAAAAGUAUGUGCAUACGGUGUUCCGAAAUACCGUGUGCUGCUUAUUUUAAACCGGCGCCUGCUGCGAACGCAAUGUCUGCCAUGGGGUCAUCUUUGUAAUUGCGCUGUGGGAGGACAUUGCCGGUGUGCGUGCAGCACUCGAGCGUCGUGUCUGUGAACUCUGCGACUGCUCAUCGGCCAGUGACACGCAUGGACCGACGGAGGGCUUUUGCUGCAAAUCGGGAACGUCUCCAACAACUCUGUGCCUUGCUACGAUGCAACGCUAGGGAAUGCAUGCAGACUGUAGAAAUCAUCUUGCGGACUGCUAGUUAAUACUAUAUUGGCUCAAGGAAAACCCGCUGAAAGUUGCUUGUGUCGACCGCCCGCGGAUUUGGCGGCAGGCCAUUUAGGGGAUCCUUUCUUUGCCUCUGGCUUCGGCUUCGUUGUCAGGUGGGCGAACAGUAUCGCACGCAUCCUCUUGCUGCUGGUGGAGCUGGGAGAAGCCCACGGCUGCCCCUAACGUGGGGGGCACCAACGGAUGGCUUCCCGUUGAUUAUCAACAGACUUGCUCGUACAUAUCAAGCCAGUCCUCGAUGUCAGAACCAUCCGUGCCACAAAAGGUUCCCAGGUCUUGUGGAUGGGCCAGGAUGACCGUAAGCACAGACUGCUGAGACGUUGUUGCUUCGUCGGCCAUUGUGGCGGCAGGGUUCAUGGAGGCCCUGGUUGCUGAGGGGACGCUGGGUUCUUCACCUGAGCCAUGUGCCAUAGGAGUGACAGCACCAGGUGGCAGCACCACCAAGCGCAGCUGGCAACAGCUGCGGCAGGCUGUGCGACAGACUCGCUGUCGCUUGUACGGCCUUGCCUCACGCCUUCCCAGCAGUGUUGUCUUUGGCAAGGGCCGCCUCUACUUCCUCAGCCCGCUGACUGAGGGACGGGAGAGCAGCCUUCACUAUGUCGACCUGCCUCCGCUCCAAGCUCAGGGCGGCAGCACCGAGGCCACUGGCCUGGUUGGGGUUGGUGGCUCGAAUGGCAGCAGUGGCAAUGAAGGUGUGGCAGGGGCUGGUGGAACACUGGGCUCAGCAGCUCCUCCCGUGCUCCAGUGGCGCCCUCUGCUGGACCCCAAGUUCCACCGGUGUCACCCGCCUGGACGGCUGUCACGAGAGGAACAGCUCCAGUGGGAGCGGCGCCGCCUCAUGGCCUGGGGCAUCACGUCCUUCGACUACCAGGGUGGUCGCUUCGUUUUUCCGGCUGGUGGCUCCCUCUUCUUCUGCGAUGACAUGCCCCUGGGAGGUCCGCACUUCCCGGUGGAGCUCCGCACAUCGUUGAGCUGUGCACGCCUCAAUGCACAGCUUUGCCCAUGCAAUGGUGAUGUCGUGGCCUUUGUGGCAGCAGGCGACCUGUGGGUCACUCACCUGGGCUCAGGUGCCGAGGCACGGCUCACGCACACUCGCUCAGAAGGUGCAACUGUGUCAGAGAGUCCAGUCAGUGUGGGCGUACCAUCCUACGUGACCCAGGAGGAGUUCAACCGGUACGUCGGCUUCUGGUGGUGUCCCAUGGUUGAUGCAGUGGGAACGUACCGCAUCCUGUACGAGGUGGUGGACGAGAGUGACGUGGAAGUGCUUCAGCUGCCUUCGUUUGGCGAAGAUGGCACAGCGGGCACAGAGGAGCACCGCUUCCCCCGUGCGGGUUCUCCAAAUGCCCGCUCCUCCCUUGCCCUAGCACAGUUCUCACUCUCCCACACUGGACAGAUCGAGAAGGUGUGUCUACUGUCCCUCACUGAGCCCUUGUCGUCGCUGUCACCAAGUUCAGAGUACCUGCUAAGAGCUGGCUGGACACCCGACGGCUCUGCGGUGUGGGCAGAGCUGCUUGACCGUCCACAGCAACGACUGCAACUUGUGCUGUUCCCGCUGAGCUGCUUCCAACCCCCUGAGGGUUUGCAGCAAGCAUCGGCACAGUCCCUCCUUCUCUGGCAGGAGACCUCCCAAGUCUGGAUCAAUGUGCAUGAUGUACUGAUCUUCCUGCGGCCAGAGUCUCCCCAGGAGCUGCGCCUCCUGUGGGCCAGUGAAGAAUCCGGCUUCCGGCAUCUUUACCUCCUGCGGCUACGCACAGAUGGCCAGGCUCCCUGCACGGCCCUUCCACUGCCCUCGGGACAUGGCUCAGAUCGCCUGGUUUACAAGACACAGCUCACUGCUGGGGAGUGGGAGGUGUCCGAGAAGGAUGUGUGGGUGGACGAGAGCCGGCGACUAGUCUACUUUGUGAGCCUCAAGGACACACCCUUGGAGAGGCACCUGUAUGUGGUGGGCCUUGAUGGCCAGUUACCGGUGUCAAGGCUGACUGAGCCAGGGUACUCUCACAGCAUCUUCAUGGAUCAGGGGUGCAGCAUGUUUGUUACGGUCAAGAGCAGCCUGAGUGAGCCACCCUCGAGUGCUGCGUAUGGGCUGAACCACUUGGAAGAACCAUCAUGUCCACCAUCUCCACGCCUUCUGGCAGUCUUACUGGAGCCAUCAAGACCUGUUGUGAUGCCUCUGCUGGAUGGUGCCAGUGUUGGGGGCUACCAGGAGCCAGAGCUCUUCAGCCAUACAAUCUCAUCGGGCCAUGUGGUGUUUGGCCUGGUCUUCAAGCCGGCACACUUGGAGCCACAGCGUCGUUAUCCCACAGUGCUCACCAUCUACGGGGGCCCAGAGGUCCAGCUGGUUACAAACUCCUUCAAGGGCAUGCGGCAUCUGCGGCAGCAUCUUCUGGCCUCCGAGAACUAUGCAGUUGUGGUGGUGGAUUGCCGAGGAUCACGGCACCGGGGCAUUGAGUUUGAGUCGCAUAUCAAAGGCCGCAUGGGCACAGUUGAAAUAGCGGAUCAUGUGGAGGUACUGCAGUGGCUGGCCCAGGAGAAGGACUACAUUGACCUGUCCAGGGUGGCAAUCCAUGGUUGGUCCUAUGGCGGCUACCUGUCGUUGAUGGGGCUGGCACAGCGGCCAGACAUCUUCAAGGUAGCUGUGGCUGGGGCGCCGGUCACCUCAUGGGGGCUCUAUGAUACGGGCUACACAGAGCGCUACAUGGGUGCCCCCCAGGACAACCCACAGGGCUACAGGAGGGGCUCUGUGCUCUCCUACAUCUCGCAGCUGCCCAGUGAGCAGAACCGGCUGCUCAUCGUGCACGGCCUGAUGGAUGAGAAUGUACACUUCACACACACCAGCCAGCUAGUGGCUGCACUUGUCAAGGCUGGGAAGCCCUACCAGCUUCAGGUUUACCCAGCUGAACGACACAGUUUGCGGCACUUGGACACAAGCGAGCACUAUGAGACGACGCUACUGAGCUUCCUGCAGGACAACCUCUGACUCUGCUACAAGAUGACGUGGUUGCAGAUCCAUGUUUCCAAAGUGGUGCGCAGACCAGGGCGCCUGAUCCUGAGCCAUCGCUUUACUGUGCCGUGGUAGUUCCUUGCCCUACUCUUCUGGUUGGGGAUGGCAACGGAAGUUGCUCAUUCAUGGCUGCCAUAUGGCACUGCUGCCUGUUGGCUCUGCAACAGUCCUCCAUGCUACAAGGCAGUGCAGGCGGUGCCCACUGGCCUGAUGAAAGUGAGCUGCAGCCGAGUGGCUAAACAUCAGGUUCAGCUAUCAUUGCUGCUUUGGCAGCCCAGAACGAUGUCUUGUGCUACAUGGUGGCUUUCGCUCGCGCCAGCAACACGAGUAGCAGCCUUGGUGCUGUUUAUGGCUGACACGGGCCCUGUAGUGAUGCAGCCUAGGCUGGCCACCGUGGCUCAAUUGCAUGAGUUACAAGAGGCCAGUGCUUUGGCAGCAGUCAAUCAUCUGCCAUGCCAUUGAAGCUGCAGUGUCAUGAGGGAAACAGCUUUGGUUGGCCCAAUAAGUGUUUCAUAUGCCAAUCAGCAUUCAUUGCUGGAUGCAGUCACUAAUGGUGUGCAUUCUUGUCAGCAAGUGAACUCUUCUGUGUGGUUCCCCUUCUGUGCCUGGUGAUAGCAGUGACCUGCUAGGUGUGACUUACCAUGAUGAUAGUGCAUAUAAGUGAUCAAACAUCUCCACAAGGGAAGGUCUGCUCCUGUGGGCAGGUUUUGGCAGACGAUAUGGCAGGAGUGAGGCAGUAAUGGGCAUGUAUGUGCUCUGUUGUCAUUGUUGUGUGUGUCCCAACUGUUUUGCUGGAUCUACGGCAACCUUUUAUUUUAUUUGACCAGGUAGGUAGGUGUCCUAUGCAUUCAUUGCAGUGUGUGGAAACAGAGUUGGUAGAAAAAAAGACAUGGAAUGUGUUGAUGAGUGUGCUAGUGUGGGCCUUCAUGUGUCACUUGACACCCCAAUGAAUGAAACAACAGCUCUUCUCCUCGGUCAUAUUGCCUGCAUAGGAAUGCAGAGAUAACUGUGCCACGGGCUCUUCAAGAGCUGGGUGACAGAAGCAAGAUGAAUGCCUAAUACAUUUUAUUUAUGCAAAGGUUUGCUUUAAUAUGUUUGUGCAGAAGUUGCCAAGAUGCUAGUACAGAUAUGGCAGAAGGGUAACAUUUCAUAUGGCAUGGUGAAUUAGUUUUCAGUGGUAUCAUGAAUGUAAUUAUUAUAGAACAUUUAUGGACAGGGCAGCUAUAAGCAUCACUUAUACGCUGGCAUCACUUCAAGAAGGUACUGUAGGUACCUUCUUGAAGGUUGAACUAGAAGGAUUCCUUGUGGCAAAGGAUGUGGAAAUAUGAACGCUGUGUCAUUCCAGUGAACCGGUGUAGUGGAUGAGUCCAGCUACUGUAUACAAUUUUUGUAGUGAAUAAGGAGAAAAAAAAGAAAGAGGCAGUAACUGUCUGAAGGGAGAAAUGGUCAAGUUCUGCAUCAUGUGCCACAAAUUAUUUGAAUUCACGUCAGUACUUGUGCUGCUGGCUUCUGCCUGCUGAUUAAUUAAGUGUGAAAAUUGAUACCUUGCUUAUAUUUUCCCGACUCAACAAACCAAUUGCUACGUUCUAUGAAAUAAAAAAAAAAGAAUUGCUGUUAAAACUUGAUUUCCCACUUGAACUAGACAUCCUCCCCCCAUCAUAUCUUUAAACUUUUCAAAGGGUUGAGACUAAUGAACUUGGCUUUUCUAGAGGCGACCCCAUUGGUAAAUGAACUUCUUGCCGCCCGUUUUUAAAAGAAAGUUGAUUUGAAAAUCAGACAUGUCACAUUAGCAUGAUGACAGAUGCUGCCAGGGCAUUAACUGAUUGGUGUUUUUUCUGAGGAACCCUAUAAGCUUCCAGAUGCCUCGUUGUCAUUACUCCCUAGACAUGCGUGCUUAAUGGGCAUAACAAAAUAUCUGCACAUAAUCAAAUAAAUACAUUGUGUUAAAGAUGAAAAAAAAAAGAAACUACUAAAAAACUCGCACAAGCUAAGCUUAACAGAAAGUAGGAGAGAUGAGUGCUUACUGUCAUUGUGUUGCAGAGCUAAAGGAGUGUCGGUUGGGAUUGUUGUGUGCAUUGAUUUGAGUACUCUUGUAGCCCAAGAAAGCCAUUUGUUGAAUCCUAGGGUUGUCAGGAAUCUGCUUUGAAAAACCAUGCUGUAUUGAACACUUUUGUAGUGCCAUGUGACAUAGGGAACGCUCUUAGCCUCUCCGCAGGUGGGAUCUUUCUGCCCACUGUAGUGCAUUCACUGAUGACCUAUGGCAUCACUUCAGUUUGGGUCGCAACAUGGCUACCGUGGAGAGUUGCGCAUGUGUAACAACUUUAAUAUACAGCAUUCUUCUGCUUGACUGGCUCCAAAGUUAUGAGUGGAACUCUACUUUGAGCCUGGUUUAGUAAAUUGUGUUAUGAAUGACAUAAGGUAACACGAAAAUUGAAUAAAGUGAUGAACAAGGGGA